UUUAACGCGAAAUGUAUCACAUCACUUUUCAUUUAUUGAAUAACGAAAAGUCGACUACAACAAAAAUGAAGUCAAAAGCUGCCAUCACUCCUGAACGCUCGAUAGGCUACUGUGUAGUCGGUGGGCACUGUGCCGUCAACGCACAGAGCGCAUAUAUUUCUUUUAAAAUUCUUCAGAACAACUCCGCCGAAACGUCAUAACCAUUUUUUUUAGACUUUCGAAGUCCUAUAAAGAAUAAAUUUGUCUAAGUUGCAUGAAUCAAACAACUUAAGCGUCCAGUGCCGUCCUCCGCCAGUUCUCCUCUCUUAGUGACGUCACAGCACAACACAUACAGCAUCAGCUGCUGUUUUGAACCGUCAUAGACUAUAGCAGAGAGCUUCAGUUGACCGUCGAGGCCAAGCCGUCUACCGGAGGAGUCGUAGAGUGAGCGUUGCUUGCAGUAGUAAUAUCGUCUUUGUGCGUACCGCAAUUUUGCGGGAUAUUGUCAGACGUGCGGACAGGCUGCUCCCCCUCCUAUUGCGUUCUUAUACUCAAUAAGAUAUUGAAACAUUAAUCUUCUCACGACUGCCGAAAGAGGAUAUGAUUGAAAAGAAAAUCUGGACAGAAAAAUAUCGAUUGUCGGCGUCACUGCGGCCCGGGUGUUGUCAAUUCGCAAAUAAUCCAAACUUACCUCCCAUUAAAACACCUUAAGGGUCAGACAAAGAGUAAGAAAGCAGCUUGAACCCCAGUGAAGAGAAGGGGAAGAAGUCGGUUACUUGACGUUGUUUUUGCGGCUAUAACUUUAGACCUCCAUCUCAUAACUCAUUUCUCUAUAUACCUAGUAUAAGUAAACAUAAUCACCCAGGGGUAGCGGCGAGAGGCGAAAUUAACAGAUCAUUCCGAUUUCGAUUUCCACUCCCUACCCCCCACCACGGUGAGGAAAAAGGGCGACAAAGAACUCGCAAAUGCUUUUCUACAUCACAACAACAAGAACAGGAGAAGUGCUAAAUAACAGUAAUGGAUUGUUGCGACAAGUUUAACUUUAAUUGUCUCUCUAUUGGUCAGGUCAGGGCGCUAAUCGGAUGUUGAGCAGGCAACCAAACGAAGGCGUAAACGUAAAAAAGACGAUAUGCUUCGAGAACGUGCAACAGCCGACUGAAAUUUAUCCAAUUUUUUUACGAAGUAUCUAUUAGUUUUGGAUCGAGCACUUGGAUGCAUGUGCCUACCAGAUGUGUAUAUAAAGUGCGUGUGUGUAUGUAUGUAUAUAAAUAUAAAGAGUUUAUGUAUAUAAAUAUAUCAUCACAGUUACCCAUUUGUACCUAUCUGAUCCAUAGUGUAGCGUGGUAGAUACUAACUACAAGUUUAUUCGUGAGAACUUCAUAGGCCAAAAAGACACGUCCCGAACUCUCAUUACGACGGAUAAUUACCUCAGUACUGAGCGAAACGCGUAGUAAACGCGUGAAGUCAACUGAACUGAAAGUGCUGUGGCUGGGUUGCACUGUUCCCCUUUGUUAGACGGUUCCAUAAACGCUCAGGAGUGCUCAGAGGUGUCAGUAGAGACAGUAUUGCCACCGGAAUUCUAAUCGAAUCGGAUUGCCUGCAACUCGUGCAGUAUUGCUAUUCAGUGGGUGGUCAACGUCGUCAAUUUAAAGUGCCGAUGCCUGUUUUCCCGUAUCAUCCAUUGUGUGUUAAAAGGUAGUUAACAACGAUGCCUCGCUGUGGAUAAAAUAAUCUCGACGCUGUGUACCGCUCGCUGGCAGCCUGAGCGGACACAGCCGAACCUUGUGAAGAUACAAGAUCGAUUUUUGCGCCAGUACAGGAAGCUAGGCGCUGGUAUUAAAGUGUGUGCUUUCCGGCGUUACCCUUCCGGAUUAAACUGAAUCGAGCGCUGCCGCAGUUCCUGCUGCCAUUGAAGAUCGCGUCGCCGUAUGACGUCGUAACUAUGGUCAAAAGCGGAUCUUCGAUGAUGGCCAAGACGGUAGCUGAUGAGAGCAGCGUCCGGGUCGCUGUCAGGAUACGGCCAUUGCUGCACCGCGAGCUCUCGGAAAUGUGUCACGUUUGUACUCGGGUGCCCGCAGGGGAACCUGCCGUUGUCCUCGGCAAAGAAAAGGCGUUCACAUUUGACCGCGUAUUUGACAUCAGCAGCUCCCAAGAUAUCAUUUACAAUAACGUGGUUAAAGAUCUCGUCGACGGGUGUCUUCAGGGAUACAAUGCUACUGUGCUGGCCUACGGACAAACCGGAUCUGGUAAGACCUAUACGAUGGGUACAGGUUUCGAUGUAGCCAUCACACUUCAGCCAGCAGAUCGAGGCCUGAUUCCCCGUGCUGUCGAGCAGCUUUUUCGGGGAAUGGACGAGGCCAGACAGACGAGCUUCGAGAAGGGAGUAUCACCCCCACAGUUUCACACCGCCGUACAGUUUAUGGAAUUGUACAACGAAGACAUAAAGGAUUUACUCAGUAGUGGCGACAAGGCCGGUGAUGGGACUGCAGGUCGCCGGGGUGCGCCGAAGAUCACCGAGGAAAACGGUCAGAUUGUGGUACAAGGCGUCACAGUUCGGGCGGUCCACUCGGCCGAAGAAGUCUUGCAGUGCCUGCACUCGGGGGCCUUAGCACGGACCACGGCAAGCACAAAUAUGAACUCUCAAAGUAGUCGGAGUCAUGCCAUAUUCACGCUAAUCAUAAGGCAGCAAAAAUUUCUACCGGGCGGCCGCGGCAACGAUGAGGAGGGCGCUGUAACGGAGAACGACAUGGAGACGCUAACAGCCAAAUUUCAUUUUGUAGACCUAGCUGGGUCGGAAAGGAUCAAACGUACGGGAGCGACUGGGGUUCGUGCUAAGGAGGGAAUUAAAAUCAAUUGUGGACUCUUGGCUCUGGGCAAUGUGAUAUCCGCGCUAGCCGAUGUCUCAAAACGUGCUACCCACGUUCCGUACAGAGACUCGAAGCUCACCAGGUUACUUCAGGAUUCUCUAGGAGGCAAUAGUCGGACGCUAAUGAUCGCAUGCGUCUCACCGGCUGAUAGAGACUUCAUGGAGACAUUAAACACGCUCAAGUAUGCCAACCGAGCUAAAAAUAUUAAGAAUAGAGUGUGCAUCAAUCAGGAUAAGAGUUCGCAGACAAUCCUGGCACUUCGAAAGGAGAUCGAAGCUCUUCAACUUGAGCUCCUAGAAUAUAGACAGGGUAAAAGGAUUGUGGCCGAGGACGGGACGUUUCAGACAAAUGAUAUGUUCCAAGAGAACCAAAUACUCCUCGCAGAAAACCAAAAUCUACGGACAAGAUUAAAGGCACUCAAAGAGACGGUCGACCGCUUGAAAGUUCGAAAUGCCGAGUUGCUUAACGAAAAGGCAGCUCACAACUGGGUGGCCAUGAACGACGACCAGGAGGGACGAGAUAUAAUCGAGCUACAAAGGCAGUACAUCAAGGAGAUUGAGGAACUAAAGACGAAACUGAUCGAAUCCGAGGAGAUGCGUGCCCAGCUUCAGAAGGCCGCAAAUUCUAGGGUUGUUCGCCGAGUCUCGAAUACAGGGAACGUGGCAACAUUAGGUACCUCUAUGGCGGGAUCUAUGAUUUCUUCUUUGCUGGCGGAUGACACGCCAGGUGAGACUUGCGUUGAAGAGCUCAUACAUCAUGCCCGCAAAGAGGUGCGAAGACUCAAGAAGCGGGCGCGUCCGAGUUCGCAUAGAGAGAAGGAAGAAAACGGAGGAGUAAAGUCGGAUGGUGAUGAGGAUACUUCACUGAAGUCGGAAGCGAACGGAGCCACGCCGGGCAGUGGAGGCAGCGGCGACAACUCAGAUGAAAUCUCUGAUGAUGAUUUCAGCGAUGACGACGAAGAGGAAGACCAGCUGAGGGAAUAUUCCGCAGAGAUGGCUGGUAUUACCCAAGAGAUCUCUAUUAAAAAUCUCAAAAGACGUCCGCUAAGCCCGGCAAGGCCGGCAAGAAGGCCAAUAAAAAGAUGCUGGUGGUUUGCAAAGAUUAGCCGCUUGCGGCCCUUCACUUGUUCGCCUGGUGACCUCGCUGUGGAGCGACUUAUUGAAGAGUUGGAGAAAUCGCAACGACGCAUAUGCUCGAUGCGGAGCCACUAUGAGGAGAAGCUCUUGCAGCUUCAGAUCAAAAUCAAAGAAACCGAAAUGGAGCGCGAUAAAGUACUCAAUGCAAUGGCUUCCAAGAAUCAGUCUCAGGCCGAAGUCGAGGAAGCGAAGAAAAUUCGGGAAGAUUUUGAGAAGAAGCUGAACAACCUACAGGCAGAACUAAAACAGAUGCAAGAUGCAAAGCGCAGACAUGCCCAGCUCGUUAAAGAGCAAGAGAAACAGGAAAAGGUCAUUCGUGAAUACCGUCAGCAACUCGAGGAACUCAAGAAGACUAAGGCCGAACUAAUGAGAAAGAUUCGCGAAGAAGGCAAACGUCACAAAGAGCAAGAAAUGCGAGUCAACAAAGAACUGUGCUCCCUGAAACGAGAGGCCCGUCAAACCGAGAACCGUAUCAAAACGCUCGAAGCUGAGAACCGCGCUAAGGAAAAUGUCCUCAAGCGAAAACAAGAGGAGGUAAACGCUCUACGGAGGCAGGCCGUCACAAAGAUUAAUGGCGGGGUACCUUACGGUCGGAGUGGCAAACCUCAAGCUCUUCAAACGCGCAUCGUAAAAGACCGAUGGAAAAGAUUUGAGAAGAACAUUGACAAAAUGGUCCUUAACAAGCAGGCGAUCCACAAUAUCGAACGCGAUAUGGAACGGUAUCUGCUGGAGCGCGAAAAACUCGAACGGGUGUUAGACCGCACAAUCCGAAAAAGAGAUCGAGCCCUCGCCCAGGACAAAGAUGAAUCCUUGUUGCGUGACCUUGAUGAUGAAAUUGAUAAUCUCAACAGUAAUAUAGGUUAUCUGCAGGAUAACAUCAUGGAGUGCCAGACAAACAUCUGUCAAAUUGAAGAGAACAAGGAAUUGCCCGACCAGCAGCUACUGGACGUCAACGAGCUAAUUGCAGGCAUGGCGCAUGUCACUCCAGAUGCAAAGUUCCUUAUGGAAAAACUCCUGGCGAUGACCGUCAACCAGAGUAUGCAGGCGGCGCAGAAGACGGCGGAGGCGAAGGAGCUUGAGGCGCGGCUGGAGCAGGUGGAAAACAACUAUUCGCAAACGGAACGCCUAUUACAGAUGACAAUCGAGACGCCGGAUAAGGCUUUGGCCCAAGUCAUGGAAGGCCUCGAAUUGCAGGGUGGCCAAGAGAGUCAGGCCAGCUCGCGGUCUGUUUCGCCCGCUGAAUCGAUCCGUUCGGACAUCUCUAGCGCCACCUACAUUGUACCUGGAGAACGCGGUAAAACGUUCAAGGCCCGUCGGCGAACCCCGACUUGUGCAGAUCUUCUUUUUAACGACGGUAGCGAAGCAGGAAACGCUUCGAUUCCCCGUUCAGAUAGCAUUCCGCUUAUGGAUGAAACUGAACCUCCCUCAUUCUUCGGAACAAAUCCUAAUAAUCAUAUAGUCACGACCCCGAUAGUCAGCCAUACACCACCCCAUUCGCAUAUUCCUCGUUUUAACUCUACCGUCGCACCUCAUGGACUGCCUAAUACAGGCGGAGCUCACAAGGACAUAAUGAGUCGGAGCUUCACAUCCUACCGAGACGUGCUAAUCACUCGAAAUCACCCCACUGGCGGUCUUGGAGCUUCAAGUGGGCCUUCACGACUUGAACGCCAUCAUCCUCUACUCGAUCCGACGCCAUCGGGGCUGCCUCGUAAGAGAGACCCGUUACCGGCGUACGCAACGCCGUUGACUCAGAGGAGGCGCUUCAGUCACUCGCUGGCGGCUUCCCCCGGAAACCUGACUGUCAACAGCAACGGCUCCGGACACCAUCCGAGCGGUUUGCUAAGCAGCUUAGGAAACGCUCGAGUGCAUCCAACAUUCGGGUCCAAUGAUCUCAAUUAUGGAAAUCGCCUGCACCAGCAUCCACUACAACCGCAUGUGACCGACUCCACGGGUGUUAACAGCUCAGUCGGAACAGCUGGAGGUUCCGCUGGGGACCAAACCCCGCCGGCUUCACCUUCGGUCACCCGGAAGAUGUUCCGCUCGACGGACGCUAAUGUCUUCACGAGACUCGCUGGAGGACAAACCUCAACGCCUCCGAUGAAGGAGCGUGGCGUUAUCUCAAUGUUUACGGGCCGAGCUUCUAGUAAAAGCUCGUCCUCACCGUUGAUCUGCACCCAUACGGCUGAAGGUCACAACAAAGCCGUCUUGUCACUCGCUGUCACAAGCGAUGUCCUGUUUAGCGCCAGCAAAGAUCGUACCGUUAAGGUAUGGGACCUACGCACAGGUCAAGAGCUGCAAACGGUGCGAGGUCAUCCUGAUAACGUGACCGUCGUCCGCUAUUCGGAGUAUUCCCGACUAGCGUUUUCUGCAUCUACAGCGUAUGUCCGCGUCUGGGAUCUUCGGGAAAGUCCUGCUAAAUGCGUGAAAACGCUGUGCUCGUCUGGGAGUACAAUGACUUCGUUGCCUUCGUCGGAACGGGACAGUCGAGUUCCAACCGGGGAACAGCGAAUCAACGCAGUCGAGCUCAACCACUUUGGGAGUGUCCUUUUUGCAGCGUCAGGUUCCACCGUCAAAACGUGGGACCUUCGUCGGUUUGCUACUAUCGGAAAACUUGUUGGCGGCCAUACUGCUCCGGUGAUGUGUCUUGCCGUGGACGACGUCGCCUUGGACACCAACUACGUGGCCACAGGAUCGAAAGAUCACUAUGUGAAGGUUUUCGAGACAGCGGAACGACCCAACGGAGUCGUUCAGCCAAAAAUGAAUUUAGAGCCUCCUCACUACGAUGGAAUAUCGUCACUAGCUAUGUGCAACGAUUUCCUUUACUCGGGUUCGCGCGAUAUGUGCCUUAAAAAGUGGGACCUCACCAACUGCUGUUUACUGCAAAGUAUCAAUCAGGCUCACAAGGAUUGGAUUACAGCGAUGGCAACAUUGCCUCCUUCCAGCAACUCAGGAGGUCAGUAUCCGCAGCUUCUGACAAGUUGCCGAGGCGGGCUCCUCAAGAUGUGGAACACAGAGACAAUGCAAAACAUCGGUGAACUCAAAGCGCAUACGACGCCUAUUAAUGCCAUCGCUUCGAACGGAGAAUGCGUAUUCACGGCGUCAAAUGAUACGACUGUCCGGAUCUGGCAGACCAAGCUGAAUCAAGACCUCUCUUCGCCUGAUUGUAACGGGGGAUCCCACCAAGAUCGAUACCUAUAAGGCAGCUACCUUCGCCGUAGACUUCCAAAGUAGUCCUCGAAAAGUUUGCAAAAUAGCAACUGUCCAUGGGCUCUCCUUUCUAGACCGUAACGAACCAGUCAACGUUGUCUGACGUCGAGUGUCCACCAAAAUCGAAACUGCCGACCUGAGACGUAAUUUUUUUAGCUCCUUCUCAUACUUGCGUACCGGCACAAGUGACGGUAUAUAUAUUUAAGUAAAUAUGUAUAAGACUUAACUAAAAGAAACGUUACCUAACCAAAAUAUUUACAUAAAAGGACUUGACGAUUCCGUCACUCGGAACAAACAAUUUGACUGCCUGCUCACAAGACUAAAUAUGAAUAAAAGUGAUAAUGUCAUUUUGUUGACAAUACUGAACUUAUGUCUUCAUCAAGCCAGAGUCGUAGUUCCGAUCUGUCUCUCGACAGACACGACUUGAAAGUCUUUGAAGAUCUACUUUGUUACGAAAUUUUUGUUUGUGCACGAUAACCAACAGUUAUUCAUUCGUAAUAAAAAAAUUCGUCACUUAAUGCACGAAAGAUAGAAAAAAUACUUAACGAACGUUCGUGACCGCUAGACAUGCGCUACAAUAAUCUCUCUAGCAACAUAAUAACACCAGUAGCUAUUCCAAUAUGGUGUCGUAUACUGGAUAGCUACAAAUAAUUAACGGCUGGAUUGUUUUAUUCCCAUCGCAAAGCUUCAUGUAUGUAUGUGUGUCUGUGGCUGUGCAUGCGUGUUAGUGGCUUUUUGUGUGUACGUGUGCGUGACAGUGAUCAACCAGCGUACGCUAAAACUAGGACAGAAAAUGUGAAUGAAAGCUAGGAAACAGUAGGUACCCUGAACGGCUUCACAUCCACCGAACGGUAAGUCUGUUCACUGUAAUGACGUUUGGUGAGCCGGCUGGCAGAGAUCACAAUCCACAUGUUCGAUUAAAUCAACACGAAUGGUCAAAUGCAAACAGGAGGCUCAAUGGCUUAGGGUGAUAAAAAAAAAAGUUAUGCCAAAGGAUACGUGAUUUAGAGAUGGUCGAAAUUACUGUUAUCGCACGCGGAAUGCAGGAGUCUAGUACGGUGUUUGCUGUGUGCUUUCCACCACAAGUAAGGUGGGAUUGAAAGAUCAGUUCCUUUAAUACCCCCGUUAAAAAGGUCUACAGUUCGAGUGUUAACGGAUACAGAAAUCAGCAGAGAUGAAAACGAAAAAUGAGAUCUGCAGUUUGCGCGCACCUUGAAAGACGCCAAUGCGACAAUAUACAAUCGAGGCAAAAUCAGAAUAUGAUUCCAUGGACCGUUUUCCGCACAGUUAACUACUUACGUCAAUGACUCACAUUAAAUAGCGCGCAUAUUCGAUAGGGAUCAGAUAAAUCUAUUUUGUCUUCGGUUAGUAGACAUCAGACGGAGGUAGAAACACUUGUUUUUCACAUGUAAUGCAUGUCAGAUGCACCAUAUGUGACAAACAAGUAUAAAAGUAGAUGUUACUACAAUCAAUAAACACUACAAAAACAAAAACAUUUUAUUAGUAGAAAGUGUGAAAAGUUGCGAAACGUUGCCGCACAGGCACAAUAGAUUUGUUUUGGUUUAACACUGUCAAGGAUAUCGAAUGGUAGAGAAUAUACCGCGGUGAAGUAUGACGAUGCAUAUGGUUUCCGCGCGCCUCCUUCUAUGGAGUCGAUUUAGCAACGAAAGUACACUUCUAAACGAGAGAUCGGUCCGUUUCGUGGUUCUCGUUCAAACCUGAUUUCAUCGCUCUUUCGCGCCACAAUACGAAAUCAGUUGAUAUGAUCGUUGUUCCAGUAUGGGAUAUAAUAACGAAGACAUCCAACGAAGAGUGAAAUUUUGUCUUGUUUACUUUUAAGGAACAGGCUUAAAUAAUGAAUAUGAGAAGCUAUUUAGGGUGCGAAGUAAUGACAUGAAAUAAUCGUUACCACUGCUUCCGAAAAUGCCAUUCCAUUUGCAGCGAAACUAUACAAUUGAUUGCUUUAUAGUAGUCUAUAUAUUGGCAGUAAUUGCUGCAGCAGAAUUGAUACGAGCAAGAGUUCUAUGCUCUGUUUUUAUUGGAGUUAGCUAGUUGAUACGAUCGUAAUCAUUUGCAACUAAUUUGUAAUGAAUUAUUAUGAGUUUGUGCGGUUUUUUCUGGUUCAGGAUCUCGCGGCAGGAACCUCGUUUAUUUCCGGUGGCUGUGACCAAACUACCCAAGGUUUAGCAUCUUCACAGAUUUACACAGGAUCCAGGGGACCUGUUCUAUAUUGAUGAAGUAUAGCCGUACAAUUUUGUACGCAUACAUUCUUCUCUGUAUACGAAUGUCUGUACUUGUGUAUGUUUGCGUGGAGAUGACCCAGAUUUGCCGUCCAGCAUAAUUAUGCUCUAACGACAACCACGUUGAUAAGGGCUUAAAUAAGUAUAAGCAAGGACAACCACAACGAGAAAUGACAGUUCGUAUAAUAAUCAAGAAUUAUAGGAACAUAAUCUCAGUACAUAUUGUAACAUACUUAGCAAGAGUAAUAUCUGCUUGCAUAGCCAUCUUCCGAUAAGUUUUUGUUAGCAAAAGUUGUACCAAAAAAGAAACAUGAGAGGUGACACGUCUUCUCGCCGUCUCCGACUGUAGGAAUCGACAUUUACUAAUUAGACGAGUUGUGAAGGGUGAGCCUAGCCAGCAGAACGACAAAGGGAAAAUAUUUUUUCCCUAGGUGUAGUUCUAGAGGAGUGAAAGACGCACUUUAAAGAAGUUUUGAUAUCAAAUACAUAACAUUAUUCGGCUGAGAAUAUACAAAUACUGUGGAUAAUAAAUUUGGGCAACUGAAAACUUCGACUGACAUUCGAGUUCUGUUACCCUCUGGCAUGGGCAUAGGUCGGCAACAAACGGAUAUUGUAUCAACGUUACUAACGUGAAAUAAUAUAUAAAUCUUUCUCAUAUAUAUAUAUAUAUAUAUAUAUAUAUAUAUAUGGGAAGACCUAAAAAAAUGGUAAUAAUUUGUGUAAGGCAUAAAGCGUAGCAAAGAUGUAAGAAAAAUAUAACUAGAGGUUUGGAAGUGAGAGUGAACAAACGCGUUAGAACUUAUUGUUGCAUCUGAACAUGAAUAAAUUCAUUGAAAAAUGAACUUACAGAGCAUAGAAUAUACAUACAUAUAUAUAUAUAUAUAUAUAUACGAAAGGACCGACUGACAAUUAAGACGACUAACGGCGAUUAUAACACAAUAGUUAA